AUGCCUCACAUAGACGAAUACGACGCGGAAGGCACACCGAGUUCCUCUCUUUCUCACCUGCGAGUCAACGAGAACCUCAAGAACGAUGUAAUGGGAGCUGUUCGAGUGGCUGUUGAUGCUUUAGGACUAGUUGCGGACAUUACGCAAACUGUCCCCUAUCUGGGUGCCAUUUCGAAGGCUCUAACGGAGUUUCUCAAGAUUCAGAAUGAAGUCAGCACUCUCAAGUCGGACUGGAAGUCGGUCAUGAAAGUGGCGCGCCAGAUACAGUCUGUUAUCGACAAUAUGCUCAAGCGAUAUGAGCAGGAAGGAAUCAAGAGAUUGCCCGAGAAUCUCGUGGAACCUUUAGAUAAUCUCAAGAAAUGCAUCGAAGACUCAGUAAAAACACUAAGCGCGUGCAGAGUCGGGUCUAAGCGCCGCCGAGACCGGGUCCACGUCUUGCUUAACCGGGAUGACCUUUCGGGUGACAUCAAGCAAUGCAGCGACGACAUGAAGUCUGCGUUGGAACUCUUCAAUACCCAAGUCAACUGGGAUACCAAUGCACUAGUGAGAGCUGGCUCUCAUGGGGAACGGAGCCUCUCGACUGGUGAUUGCCACAUACCGCUGUCCGCGAAGCUUCGACCUCCGCCUACCCACUUCUAUGGUCGUGAGAUGGAGGUUGCCGAGAUUUUGCCGCUUAUCCGCAAACGUCACUCUCAUGUGGCUAUACUGGGUUCGGGCGGCAUCGGAAAGACCUCCAUUGCCCUCAAAGUCCUGCACGAUCCCGUUGUCGCAACCAUCUAUUCAGAAUGGCGCGUCUUCGUCCCGUGCGAGGCAAUUCUGUCCGCGGAGGGCAUAGUUUUUGCGUUACUUGCGGCGUUCAAUCUCGUUUAUGAUGCGAAGACAUCAGGAAAACGCCUAGGUGCUCACCGGUGCUAA